GGAAAACUCCAUAGUCUAGUCUAGUCCUACCCAAACCCAAACACUAUCCCUCAGCUCUUCUCUGUGCUCUGCUGGCCACCCAUGACGACGUCGUCCGGUUCCGUGAAGAACGCGAUGCCCCCAAACCUCGAAAAAGUGCUUCUCAACAGAAAGCACCCCGAAGAAGAAGAAGAAGAAGAAGAAGAAGAAGAAGAAGAAGAAGGUGAAGAAUCCAAGUCCAAAGCUGAACCCUCACAAUCCUCUCCAUCCACCGAAGACGCCGUCGCCGAUGACAGCUCGAAGCCCAUCGUGUUGAUCACCAACAGUGACGGCAUUGAGUCCCCGGGCCUCACUCACCUCGUCGAAGCCCUCGUGCGCCAGGGCCUCUGCGAUGUCCAUGUCUGCGUUCCUCAAUCGGACAAAUCGGUUUCGGGCCACUCCGUCACUCUUAGGGAAACCGUCGAGGCCUGUUCCGCCCAAAUUGAUGGUGCCACCGCUUUUGAAGUUUCAGGAACUCCUGUGGAUUGUGUUUCACUAGCGUUGUCUGGAGCCUUGUUUUCGUGGUCAAAGCCUAUGCUGGUUAUUAGCGGGAUUAACCGGGGAUCAAGUUGUGGUCAGCUCAUGUUCUACUCUGGUGUUGUUGCUGGAGCAAGAGAGGCGUUAUUAUGUGGUGUACCUUCAUUGUCGAUAUCAUUAAAUUGGAAGAAGGAUGAAAGUCAAGAGACUGAUUUCAAGGAUGCAGUAGAACUCUGUUUACCAUUAAUAAAUGCUGCUAUCAGGGAUGUUGUAAAGGGAACUUUCCCCAAAAGCUGCUUUCUGAAUAUAGAAAUUCCUACAUCACCUUUAAGCAGCAAGGGCUUCAAAUUGACCAAGCAAAGCAUGUGGAGAUCCACUCCAAAUUGGCAAGCAGUUUCAACUAGCCGCUAUCCUCCUGGUCAUUUCUUGGCCAGUAAACAAGGCCUUGGUCUUCAGUUUGCACAGAUUGGCCGGGAUGCUUCUGCUGCUGGUGCAGCCCGUAAAUUAACUACACAGAAAAAGAAUUUGGAGAUUGUCGAAUCAAUUGGAGCUGCAGGGAAACCUGAUUCCAACAGGGUGAAGAAGUACUUCAGAUUAGAGCAGUUUUUGGAUAAGCAGCAGGAAGAUACAGACGACGAUCUGGAUUACAGGGCACUUGAAAGUGGAUUUGUUGCAGUUACUCCUCUCUCACUUUCUCCUCGUACCGAGACGGAUAUUGAAAUGGCAGCUUCUGAUUGGAUUUCAUCUGUGCUUCCUGGUGAACAAUAGCCUCAAACAGAGUUCAGCUUCAGCGUGAUUAUGUACAUUUGAGAUUUGAGAUGAUUCUUUCUUUUCUAUUUUCUUGAAAGCAAAGGUGGAGUAGAAGCGGCAUUCCCACCUAUUCUAUAGUUAAUAUCAAUGUGUACUGUUCUUUUUUGUGCAAGAUAUUUUGUACUCACCUCUUCGUUGUUUCAUUUCUUUUGAUCGCUAUUUCAGCUGUGAAGCAAAUUCUUAUUUGCUUCCUGUAAUCUCGUAGGCAUAUUUUAAAAAUGCCAUUUCAUCUGUUUGUAACUUAAAAGCUACUGGCAAAACGCCGGUGCACUUGUCAUUGUAAGUUGUAACUUUUCACUAAAUUGUUGUUUGGAAGAUAGUUUGAAGCUUGGUUUGAUGA